GUAAUCGCUGGAUUUAAGGUUUCUUCCUGCUGCACGUCAACCUUGACUAGCAGAUCUCCCAACCCCAUAUGCACACUACUCCGAUAAUACGCCGUCGUGGCCCAAGCAGCAAUUGGUGCUGUCCAUGGAAUAUGUCUUGCGAAAGUUCGAAACAGCAGCUAGGACAGCAGUACUUCGACACGGCGAACGAUGAGGACCUAUCACCACCACCGAGUGGUCUGCGAUCGACCGCAGCGAAGAUGAUGUCCCGUGGGAACCGUGUGGACCGAGUCAGGAUACUUGUCGACACAAGUGUCUUCCCGUUCCGGAGACCGGGGCGAUGAUGGCCUUCCUUCGGGGAAUUUUCCGCAUAUUUCGCAUGGCUCUCUUUAUAGUCCCCUUACACCCGGUGGAUCCGACCUUUUCACCAUUCGUUCUGGGAACAGGGUCCCUUCCUGUUGGUGCCAUCAUGGACCUGAGCCUUAUCCCAU